AUGGACGCAGUGAAUGGUCCUGAGACUGGUGAUAUUCAUACUCCGACUGCGAACGAGGGGAAGCAAACGCCUCCCCCACGUUCAGAUCCAGACGCUGCCACUGCAAUCCCGUCCUCACCACUACCGGACAGGUCCAGGUCCAGACAACGUACCCGAAAACGCACAAACGAGGAGAUAUAUCGGCCGGUUGAUACUCCAAAGUCGAGUCCCACAAGCGCAAGAUACCAGAGAUCCUCCACGCUUCCAGCAAUGUCCGAGCCUCAGCAACUCCAGCCUCGGAACAACCCUUUUGAUCAUCAAGGCCCGUUUCAUGCCAGUGAGAAAAGUCUAGUCGAGCCCAUCGCAAGAGAAACCGGUGCGGCUCCUGCUCUGUUGCCUCAGCGCAAUAGUCUUGUCAGGGAAAUUCACGACUAUCAACAGCAGCUGGAGCUCGAAUUCCAAGAGUUCGAGCGUGCAUUGAACGAGAGGGACACUUCUGUCGACUUGAAUGCAAUGGAUUGGGACGAUCUGGAAGCACGGUACAAUACAGAGAUCCAACCUUGCAUUGCUGCGGAGAGGGAGAUCAUGGAUGAGUUCAAUGCCCGCUUUAUGCAAUUUUCGAUGUAUAUGCAAGUCUCAAACGACCAUGAAUCAGAGAGAGCCAUCAAGAGACUACGUACACGCAUUGCGCUUGCACAGAAUUCAGAGAGCUUGCUAGCUCAGAAGCAAGCCCACCAUGCAAAAGUGCUCGAGGCAUUUCAAAGUGCAAUGGCACUCUUGGGUAAUCUUUGA